AUGCUACAACCACGAAUGUUAUCAACAGAGGACGAGAGCUCCGCGGGAGGCAACGAGAACGAGGUCCGUCGCGAGGACCAGGAGAAGAUCAAUCGCUUCAGCCGUCUGCAUCAGCGCGAAACUCUGGUGGAGGAGCAAUUGAAGAGCAAACAGGUGCGUUUACGGGCCGUCGAUGGGGGUUUCAUGCGUGGUCCGGCUAAGGAUAAGGAGGACCUGGAGGAAGUCUCUAUGGAACUUGAGCUCGCCGACGAGGAUGAUCUGAUUGGCGACUCGUUCUUCCAGCUCCCCCUCGCCGAUGCCCAGUCCAUGCUCGCUUCAUCGACCGAGCAAAUCGAUGCUGAUGUUUCGAAGCUCGAGGAUACGCUCGGCGAGCUACGCGACGAGCUGCAACAACUCAAGGUGGCGCUGUAUGCACGAUUUGGUCGCAGUAUCAAUCUGGAGACUUGA